AUGGCACCGUUUGUGCGCCGUCAGCGGAAGCACAAAGUUCGUGCCCGCGAGGAGAAAGAACAGGCGGUAUCCCAACAAACCAACCAAGAAGUGAUUGUCCCUCUCAGCAAGGCCGAGAGGGAGGAGAAGAAACAAAAACUCCGAGAAGAACUACGGGUCCAGCAGCCGAAGAUUUCAAGCAAGAAGCAGAAGCGGCUGGACAAGUACAUUGAAAACAAGCUGAAGAAAGAUGAGACGCUGGACCUUUUGCGGAAGCUGGAGAAAGAGAAGGAGAAAUACGAUGCCACUGCUGCAUUGCAGAGUUCGCGAACUUUAGGAAAGAGAACCUUUGGCGACUUCGUGAAUGGAGAUGGUCCCGCUAGUCCAUCGGGGAAGAGGACGCAAAAUAAAGGGCCAGGCGAAGAAGAGUCAGAUGUCGAGAGCGAGGAUUCGUUCGAGGUAGAGAACCGGACGGCGUCCGGACAAGAGAAGCCAACGGAUGUCAAGCCCGCGACUUCUCCAGCAAUGCAAGGGAGCGGUCUAGCGCAGCCACUGGCGUUGGACGAGAACGGCCUGCCUAUAAUACAGUCCCGCAAGGGGAAGAAGAGGAAGAAAGUCAAGGAUGAUGUUCAAGUAGCAGUGGAAUUACCCUGGGAAGGAUUUGAUUCAGAGGCAAGCGACGUCGAGCACUCAGGAGAAGAUGGAGAAGGUGAUGAUGAAGAGGAUGAAGAGGACGAGUCAGGUUCUGAUGUCUCUGACUCCGACAUCUCAGAAGAUGGAUCUGAAGAGGAAAGUGACGAGGAGUCUGGGACCAGCACGUCAGAAUUCUCCGAGGGUGGGAAAAUAGAGCCUCGGAAGUCGGCCUUCAAGGCCUGGGCAACACAGCAGCUCAAUCAGGCUGUUGGGCAUGUCCCAUCAUAUACCAUCGGUGAGGGACAACUGCCGCCCAAACCCACUCCACGGCCUGCAGAGCCCAAAACUACGCCCGUCGACAAACCUGCAGUUCCAGACAAGGUGAUCGAGUCAGUUCCCAAUCGAAAAGCCUAUGCUAUCCAUGUCGAACGACCAGAAGAAAUCCAACAGUCAAGAUCUGCACUCCCCAUCCUUCAGCACGAGCAAGAGAUCAUGGAGGCCAUCCAUAACAACCCUGUUGUGAUUAUCAAGGGAGACACGGGCAGUGGUAAGACGACACAAUUGCCGCAGUUUCUGUUCGAAGCUGGUUACGGAUCUCCAGACGGACCUACGCCGGGUAUGAUUGGCGUCACGCAGCCUCGUCGUGUGGCCGCCGUCAGUAUGGCGAAGCGAGUGGCGACAGAAAUGGGACAGUACAGCGACAAGGUGUCGUAUCAAAUCAGAUUCGACAGCACCGUGUCGUCUAGCACGGCUGUGAAAUUCAUGACGGACGGAAUCCUGCUACGUGAACUGUCCCAGGAUCUGCUGCUGCGGAAGUACUCGGCGAUAGUCAUCGACGAGGCGCACGAGAGGAGCGUCAACACCGACAUCUUGAUCGGAAUGCUCAGCAAAAUCGUCCCGGCGCGGAUGCAAAAAAGCCAGUUCAAUCCCAACCCGUCGCCCCUGAAGUUGAUCAUCAUGUCCGCCACCCUGAACAUUGGAGAUUUUCUGCGUGAGAAGCUCUUCACCUCGUCCAUGAGGCCGCCGAUCGUCGAGGCUGAAGGACGUCAACAUCGAGUGACGACACAUUUCGCACUCAAGACCAGAGGCGAUUAUGUGGAAGAAGUGAUUGAAAAGGUCAGACGAGCGCAUCGGAAGUUACCUCGUGGAGGCAUUUUGGUGUUUUUGACCGGCCAAAACGAGAUUCGCCAGGUGUCCAGUCGUCUGCGAGAACUGCUCGCUCCGCGAAAGGGUGCCGACCGCAAGCCCGCCACGCCUCGAGUGCAAAUCGCGGCAAGUGAAGCCCCUCUAGAAGCCGAGGACUGGGAUCUGGGACCAACGAAAGCGGCCAUGGACGGGCAUGACGACCUUGACAUCGAGAUCUUGACUCACUCGGAGGACGAGGCUGAGGAAGCCGAGUUCGACAUCUCCGACGAGGAAGACGAAGAUGAUCCAUCAACAACAAUCCCUUCUUCUACUAAACCGACAACGUCUGGUUCAAAGGAGCCAUAUACAUCGGUCCACAUCCUCCCCUUGUAUUCCCAACUGCCGACAAGCGAACAACUCAAAGUAUUCGAGCCGCCACCGGAGGAGUCUCGCUUGAUUGUCCUUGCCACGAACGUCGCUGAGACGAGUUUGACGAUCCCAGGAAUCCGUUACGUUUUCGACACCGGCCGCAGCAAAGAACGCAGAUACAACCUCGACACGGGCGUGCAGAGCUUCGAGAUCGACUAUAUCAGCAAGGCGAGCGCCCAGCAACGAGCAGGUCGCGCAGGCCGGACCGGACCAGGCCACUGCUGGCGCCUCUACACGUCCGCAGUGUAUGAGCAAUACUUCCCCGACCAUGCAGAGCCCGAGAUCCUCAGAGCGCCCGCCGAAAGCGUUGUCCUCCAACUCAAGGGGUUUGUGUACCCUCGACCGGUCGCCGAUUUUCCCUUCCCAACACCCCCUGCCGCUGUCGCACUGAACAAGGCGGAACAGCUCCUCAAGAAUCUGGGAGCCCUGACCGGUUCAGGAGGUAUCACUCCUCUGGGCAAUCAACUCGCGAUGUAUCCGCUCUCGCCGCGCCUCGGGAAGAUCCUAGCCGCUGGAAUCAACAACCCCGAGCUCCUGUGGCAAGUCCUGGCCCUGGUCUCCGGCCUUGCAGUGUCCGAGAUCUUCGUGACUGAAGCGCAACUCGACCUCACGGCUCCUUCUUCCUCCACCCAGCAAUCUGGAGAAAGAGAAGUCUACACGCGCGAACAGCAACAACAUGACGACGAGCGGGACAAACUGCGCCAGGAAUUUGGUCGUGCCCGCGCCACCCUCAGCCGCGCCGACAAGACCUCGGACGCAAUGAAACUGCUCACCGCCGUCACCAUGUAUCUCGAAGCAAGCGACAAGGAACGGUUCUGCCGCGACUUUUUCCUCCGGCCCAAAGCCAUGGCUGAAGUCGCGCAGCUUCGAUCACAGCUUGAAGGGAUGGUGCGCAAUAACUAUCGAACCGCACACUCGCGAUCCACCACCGACCUGAACAUCGCCAAUACUACUACUCCUGGUGGUGGCGAUGGAGGUGGCCCUACCAUCAUUUCAAACGAAACACUAUCCAAAUCCCGCUCCGCAACGGCCAAAUUCCUCUCUUCCUCCAGCAGAAUCAGACAGCUCAACGCCAUCGCCGCCAGCGGCUACAUCGACCAGAUCGCCAUCCGCUACGACCGGGCGCCUACUCCGCCCGACGUGCCCACGAAACCGCGCCGCGCCAUCGACGUCCCCUACCUCCCGUUGGUACCACUGCACGACAAAGCGGGUGCCUCGGUGGUGGAGAAGGCGGUGUACAUCCACCCGUCCUCCGUGCUGGCGAGGUUGUCGGUCAAGGAUCUGCCGGAAUAUAUCGUCUACAGCCAUCUCCAGCGCUCGCAGGCACGGACUGUCACCACAGCUGGCGAUGAUGGCGAUGGUGUCUCGAGUCGAUCUCUGGCGCUGGCGCUGUCGAACGCCGAAGUUCGAGUCCCGAAGACUCGUAUGUUCCCUUUGACGCCGGUCGAUGGCGCACAGCUUGCUCAGCUCGCCCGCGAUACCGGUUUGAUUGAAUAUGGUAAGCCGGUGCCGAAGACUAAGGUCGAGGAUCUGCCGGGGUCGCCGAAGCGGAGGGAGUGUUGGGUCCUGGUAGAGUUGAGAGGAAGUAAGGUCGGAGCCUUGGGAUGGCCGCUUCCGCCGGUCAAGGUCAGACAGGUGCUGGACGCGAAGAGCAAGACUGGGUGGAGGGUGGAAAAGGUGUUGAGUUAG